AUGCCGUCUGUAUCCCCCUCGGCCCUCUCCAACCUCCGAGAAAGCAGCAGAAUUCGGGAUGAGGAAGAGGCGCUGCGAGAUCCCAUGGCGCGCGACGGACACCGCGACAUAGCAGUUCCCCUGCAAGUGGUCCCGUCGGCUGCGACCACUUUGCCGAUAACUGGCAAGAUCACAGGUUCUCAGGGUCAAGCUCAAAGACGCAAGAGAUUCCAGCCGAGAAUCGUCAAGAUCCAGACCGUGCCGGCUGUAAAGGGUUCGAAGAUGACCAAGCGUUGGAAGAGCACCGCAGUGAUACUCGAGCCGCUCUUCGCCGCUGCUCCCUGCCUUCUGCUGUGUACGGGGAGCCCAGAUAACGCGACCAUCACGGCGGUUCCCGUAGGAGACGACGCAGACCCGCCCGGGUUGCCCCGAAUCAACAAUGACGGGGAGCCUCUGGAGCUGCGCAUCGUCAUGCCGCCCCGGGAGACCACCCAUCUUCACAGCGUCGCGCAGAUCGAGUUUGUGGGCUUCCACGUCGCACAGCGUCCCGGCGAGAGCUGGGCUGGAGGAGGCCGAGGGGCUCUGAUUGUCGGCAGCGCGAUGGGUUUCAUUGGUAUACUCGUCGCCCUUCGCGUGCUUCACGGAGACUGGGGCGUGGCAUAUACCGCGGGAGCCUUCUUCGUGGCGUUGGCGGGCGUGUUGUCGACCUGGAUCGUCUGGCGAGCGAGUACAUCAGCCCACUGA